AUGUUCAUUCCAGACAUCCUUCAAUCCAACCGUCAUUCUCUAGUGAUCCUCCAGUCUUCUGUCUCACAGUCAGCGUUACCCUUGCUUCGUAAAGUCGUUGAAACGUUUCCAGGCAAUAAAGAGCAGCCUAUCUGCGAAACACUCCUGUUUUGCUUCCUACACCUUUCUUCAAGUCUAAUCAAUCGAGACGCCGAUAGUUUGACUGCGUACGACCGUAUAUCCAGUGUACCAGGUUACGAUGAUGAUUGGAUAGAUCCAAGAGACUUUAUCUCGAAUACCGUCGAAAAUUCCUUCCAACAUUCCAAAGGCCCUGCACAACAGUUACACGUCGUAAUUGACUCUGUGGACACCCUGUUGUCCGAUGUUGGUAGUGUCGCAGAGUCGUACAAAUUUCUUCGCGGGUUGCUGUCUCAAUUAUUGGCGCGGACCAGCUCCUCUCGAUUGACCGUCCACUUGCAAAAUACUUGUCCUCUUCUACCAUUGCUUGUACAGAUCUCCUUCUCGUCCACCCUAGCCCAAUUGACUGCCCAUUCCCCCGCGCUCCUUACUCACCUCGCCACGGAGUAUCUUACGCCGCCUCCACCUGCUUCUCCGGAACCAAAAUUCUGGGGUGUCUUCUUGCCUGUGAGCGAGCGAGAAUCUGAUUUGGAGCGCAUAAUAUUUGGUCCAGACGGUGAGGGCUCUGGUGCGAGCGGGGAAUUCGUUGUGGAGGUCAUCUUGCGAGGUGGAGGUGAUCCCUCUGGUAGACGGAAGGCUGUAGAGAGGGUUCUGGAAGGUUGGGACGUCAUGCAGGGCUCUUCCGUUCAGCUGACGGCUAUGGAAAGCUUGAAAAAAUUAUUUUGUAAAGCACGGGUCGAAGAAGCUGCUCCAGAUCCGACUCAAAAUCUGUCAUUCAAUCUGAAUCUAACUCCCUCUCAACAACAAGCAAGGUCACAAGUUCCAUUGCCAUAUGUUCAUGAAGGUAAAAUGCUGGAGAUGAAGGUACCAACGGCUGGGUCUAUCUUAUACGAUCCAGAUUCUGCAGAUGACAUUGACGAUGAUGAUCCUGACGAGGACUUGGAUAUCUAG